GUAGUGUAAGUAAAUCUUUGUCUGUACAUAACAGAUAGAUACAGAUUAAUAAUACACUGCUAACUCAAGUAGACACACUCACACACACUAGUAGGUGAAAUCUAGUAGCUUCACUUUGUGAACUCUUCUAAAAUGGCAGAAUCAUCACCAUCAUCAUCAUCAUCUUCACCAACAACUACAGCAACAUGGGCCAAUGGAAUGUUGAUUCUUGCAGAAGACCAGUUGUUGCUUAUCUUGAUGUUGUUGCCAGUCCAAUCUGUACUAUGUUUGGGCAUGACUUGUCGGAGAUUGAGGUCACUCUUGUCUCAAUCAGACACCCUUUGGGAGUCUCUUUGUGUUAGAGACUGGAGACUCCGAGAUUUGGGUGAUGAUGAUGAUGGUGCUGCUGGUGGUGUUAGUAAGUAUAAGAAGAUGUACAGAAGGGUGUAUCAGCUUCAGGCGGUGUCGUGCCGGGGGCUUUCGGUCUCUGAUCCUGAUGUUUAUCCUGGCCCUAGAGCUUCCCACUCCCUCAAUUUUGUCUCCGGAUCUCUGCUCUUCUUGUUUGGUGGUGGUUCUGAUGGAGGACGUCAUCUUGAUGACACUUGGAUAGGAUACUUGAGCAAUGACAUGAAGAGAAUAUUGAAAUGGCAACUGGUCAACACAGGAGUUCCAAGUGGGCGAUUUGGGCAUUCUUGUGUUGUAAUCUGUGAUCAUAUUAUCCUUUUCGGAGGGAUAAAUGACAAUGGAAUUCGCCAAAAUGAUACAUGGGUAGGGGAGAUAGCGUUACAUGAGACAUUGGGGGUAACAUUGUCUUGGAGGCUACUUGACUUGCUUUCUGUUGCACCUCCACCACGUGGGGCCCAUGCUGGCUGCGCUGUUGAUAAAAAUAGGAUGCUAAUCCAUGGUGGGAUCGGACUGUCUGGUUUGAGGCUAGGUGAUGCAUGGGUUCUAGAUAUAGCAGAAAAUUUUGCCUUUGGCACUUGGCAUGAAGUGGUGGGUCAUACAUUGCCUGUGGCUCGUUCAGGACACACAUUAACUUAUAUAGGUGGAACUCAAACAAUUUUAUUUGGUGGGAGGGGAUUGGGUUAUGAGGUGCUUCAUGAUGUCUGGCUCUUUGAUACUUCAGAAGGUCAGUCAAGGUGGGUACAGUUGCUGUAUGAAUUAGGAAAUAUACCAGACGGGUUUUCUCUCCCCAGAGUUGGUCACUCAGCUACCCUCAUCUUGGGAGGUCGAGUACUCAUUCAUGGUGGAGAAGACAUGUACAGGCGUAGGAAGAACGACUUUUGGGUUUUAGAUAUCAAUGCUAGGUCAUUUAAAAUGCAGUCAGCUAAUAUAUAUCAAAGGGCCGGGACACGUAUGUGGAAAAGGCUCAAGUCGGAGGGUGUUAUACUUAAUUGCAGGUCAUUUCAUCGGGCUUGUGCAGAUAGUUCUGGUCGUUACUUGUAUAUAUUUGGUGGAAUGUUGGAUGGGUUACUACAACCUGCUGAAGCUUUUGGCUUGAGAUUUGAUGGGGAACAUUUUCUAGUGGAGCUUGUGAUCUAGCUUUGAAGUGUAUAUAAUUAGGGAAUGAAGAAUCGUGCUUUAACUGCUGGGUUAAUCACAUUCUUCCGUGUGUCAAGUCUGACUGGCUAAGAAGAUAAACAUGCGGCGACCAACUUCUUUUCCUAAGAAUUGUAGUUUGUGCUGCAAAUCAGAUGCAGUAAUGCAGCAUGUCUUACCCCGAAAAAAGUACAUGCAAUGCAGCAACAGUUACUUUUGAGAGGAGACUAAAUUGAUGUGACCCUCGUAUGCAAAAGGGCUCGAUGCAGCACGGUUUCAUAUAGGGGAAGUGCAUUCAAGUGAGAUUCAAAGCUCAUGUUGAGAAUAAAGUCCUAAAUUUGAAUGAUUAAUAAUGAAGCUUUUGUCUCAUACUUUUGACGGGAGAAUGGAUUGAAAGAAACAAAUGGUGUAAAAGUAGAAGUGAGGGCUAGGGUUGAGAGGUGAGUUUUGCUUUGGCAAGAAUUUUGAAUAAAAUGGUGGAAGUAAGAAAUGCCUAUACAA